AAAAAUGAGAACAAAGCGAUUGUUCCUGUUCUCUUUCUUGGGCCACUUCAAACGUGGACCGAGGGCCGGUGGGUUCAUUGUUAGGAGCGCGAGGCGAGCGGCAGGUACGUCUGCACGAAGACACGGGACAGCUGCACCGGUGAGUCUCCGCGGCUCCAUCGCCCUGCACUGCGGCUUCACAGCACCGACUUCACACUCCGGCUGAAGCAUGCACAGAGUGUGAAACCACUACUGUAGACAGAACAUGGAGCCAGACGUGACGCAGGUUGUGCGAGAGAGGAGCCCUCGCAGUGCCAACCUGAGCCCAGCCUUGGGUCACGGUCAUUGCCUGAAGCCUUUCCCUCUGUUCCUCAAGCCCCCGAGGCUGUCCCCCCCACGCGACUUUUUUAACAGCUUCUCCCCCUUCAGCUCCCAGCACCACCUGGGGUACGAGCGCCUCCACUGCGUCUCCGAGGGAGGCUCUCGCAAACGCAAAGGGCCUCCUUUCAGGGUAAACCCCCAAGACCGUCAAUCCCCUGACCAGCUGGAAGAGGAACGCCAAAUUAAAACCAUGGACCUCUCCCAUGGCCCGUACCCUGUCCCCCAACCCACCCCCGCUCUGUUCCCAAAGUACGGCCCCCAGAUGAUAGAUCUGAACAGGCUCCAGCUUUACAGGACUCUGGACAGGUUGAACAGCAUACAAGUGAAGCAGGAGCUGGUUGGCCACGACAGGCCGUGGCCUCCCACCCGCUCCCUAAUGCACCCGCCCCCUCCGUACUUCCCUCCGCUCCACCCCGGCCUCAUCCCCUUCCCCUUCUUCAUGCCAGGCCCGGCCAUGCACCUUCCCCCGCGAAGCUUCUACCAGAGGGAUGCCUUGGGCCGCCAUCGGGGGGGCCCGGGCGGCAGGCCUGGGGGGCUGGGGCCCAUGGAGAAACUGGGCGUCAGCGUCCACAUCGACGACAGCUACUAUGUGGAUGUGGGCGGGGAGCAGAAGCGCUGGAAGUGCCGCAUGUGCGAGAAGUCCUACACCUCCAAGUACAACCUGGUCACCCACAUCCUGGGCCACAGCGGCAUCAAGCCCCACGGCUGCGGCCAGUGCGGCAAGCUCUUCAAGCAGCUGAGCCACCUGCACACUCACAUGCUGACGCACCAGGGCGCCCGCCCCCACAAGUGCCAGGUGUGCCACAAGGCCUUCACCCAGACCAGCCACCUGAAGAGGCACAUGAUGCAGCACAGCGACGUCAAGCCCUACAGCUGCGGGGUGUGCGGGCGGGGCUUCGCCUACCCCAGCGAGCUGAGGGCCCACGAGGUGAAGCAUGAGAAAGGCCAGGAGAACAUCUGCGUGGAGUGCGGCCUGGACUUCCCCACCCUGGCCCAACUCAAGAGGCACCUGACCAGCCACCGAGGCCCCACGGUGUACAGCUGCAGUGACUGCGAGAAGACCUUCCAGUACCCCAGCCAGCUGCAGAACCACAUGAUGAAGCACAAGGACAUCAGGCCGUACAUCUGCACUGAGUGCGGCAUGGAGUUCAUCCAGUCGCACCAUCUCAAGCAGCACACGCUCACCCAUAAGAUCGGGAAGUCAUUCACAAAACAGACCACAAUCGCACAGUACUCCACACGGGGGAACAUGUGCAGUUUCAAAUCAGCCCUUGGGGUGAAGGAGCACAAAUGUCGGAUUUGCGGACGGGAGUUCACCCUGCUGGCCAACAUGAAGCGCCAUGUCCUGAUCCACACCAACAUCCGUGCCUACCAGUGCCACCUCUGCUUCAAGAGCUUCGUCCAGAAACAGACCCUCAAAGCCCACAUGAUCGUCCACUCUGAUGUCAAGCCCUACAAGUGCAAGCUUUGUGGGAAGGAGUUUAACAGAAUGCACAACCUGAUGGGGCACAUGCACCUGCACUCGGACAGCAAGCCCUUCAAGUGCCUGUACUGCGCCAGCAAGUUCACCCUGAAGGGAAACCUGACUCGCCACAUCAAGGUCAAGCAUGGCAUCAUGCAGAGAGGGCUGGGUGUUUGGGGGUUCCGGCGUAGAGGAAGGUACCACUUCUCCAAGCUGGGGAUCAUCGGCCACUUCAGCCAGGAGGAGCCCUUUGACCUUUCCCAGAAGACCAUGCGGCGGCUGUCCCGGUCUGACGGGGAGAGCGUGCGGGGCAGAGUGUGCCAGGAAGAGGACAGGAUGAGCCAGUACAGUCUGGAGGAGGAGGAGGAGGAGGAGGAGGAGGAGGAGGGCGGACAUGGCAACCAGCCCUUCCUCCCGGACGGGCAGUCCCACCACCAGGGCCUCGGCCGUCCAGACGAGCCCGCGCCGCGGGCGGGGUCAGGCCCCGAGGACAGGGAGGGGCCGAGCGGGCAGGUCGGGAAAGUGGAACCACACGAAAAGCGGAAGCGUCACCUGGGCAGCGAGGAGUGUUUGUGCAGCGGGUACGAGCGGCAGCAGAGUUCUGCUUCUCCAGAGGAUGUCAAGGCAGAAGGUGCUGCCAGGAACCGAGAAACGAGUUGUGAAAGUGAAAAGGCAUCUCUGAGCUUGUGAGGCCUUCACCUUUUAUUAAACUGGGCUCUUAAAUGUCUUGAUUUUAGCUGUGAGCAAUGAGGCAACGAUGUAUUAUGAUUAUUAUUACAAUGCAAUUGACUUGUUUUUUUUCAUUCAUCCAGAUACUUUCAAAGCUUGGACAGAAGGGAACAUGUAAAAAAGGGACAGAAAAAUACAUAUUGACACUGAAUUAUACUAACAUCUGGGGCCAAAGCCUUAAAUUAUAAUAGUUUAUUAGUGAACUGACAUGUGGCAUUUGAAGCACAUGAAUAAUAUAUUUCCAUUCAAUGCUGGGUAUGAUUUUGUGUUUAACAUGAUAAAUUUUGUAUAUUUUUAUAAUGUAUUUCAAGUCAGAUUACUCAAAUUACCAUGUCUACAAAUAAUUCUAUUUUUAUUUCUUUUGUUGCUUUUAUUUCUAGUGUCUAGUAAAAAUGCUUUUCCGAAUGUGAAGACCAGAACUCAAUUGUGAUGAUCAAAUAAAAGUGUAUUUAUAAGCCAAAAA